UACCCAAGUGAUGGAUAAGCCUAUCAAGUCCCAGGUUCACUUGGUAACUCCAGCAAUCCCAUCGUCCCCUGGCUGGAACUAUGAGCUCACCAAUCUCGACCUCAUCAAUUGGAUCCCCAGGCCGGAGUACCAUGAGCUUGUGUUCUUCUUCCGCGACUGCGUCUCUCCGCAUCAUGGCGAGCGAGAGCUCCACCAAGGCCUCAAGUCGUCCCUGUCCAAAGCACUGGCCGAGUUCCCUGUGCUCGCUGGCCGGAUUUGCCACGGCGAGGCACCUUUCAAGCUUAAGGUGAAUGUCAACUCCCAAGGUGUGAACGUCAUUGAAUCCAGGAGCGAUGCGAGCCUCGACGAGUGGUCGGACCUCAGGCAGUGCCCAAUUUCGGUCGAUUUCUCGCUUUCUGGUGAUCAUGCUGAUCUCUCCCAGAUGCCAUUGAUGCAAGUCCAGGUGACAACGUUUCGCUGUGGAGGAGUGGCCAUUGGCUUCCACUUUCUACACAUGGUCAUGGACGGGUACAGCCUCGUCAAAUUUCUCACGCGAUGGAGUGAGAUCCACCGUGGGGUCUCGCCAGUCAACCCAAGAAAUCGCCAAGACUUCACAACCGCGGUGCUGAAAGCUCGCAGCUCUCCACUCGUGGAUGCCCCGGUGCCUUUCGUCGUAGAACAUGCACAGCAAGACGCACUCGGCUUCGACUUUGGAGGCGCGGAAGAACACGAGUCGAUGGUGCUGCGGAUGGGCAAACAGGCCAUCGAUUCCUGCGCCCGAGAGAUCGAAAGCUCCACCAAGUUCGGCUAAGGCAGA